UGAAAAAAGAGUCAUCACUUCUCUUGGUGACCUUGUAGCGGCCAAAAACCAUUUUCCUCCACUCAUAGCACACCCCUAUCUGCUCAGGAAAAGCCAACAAAUCUAUCCUUUCAUACUUAAAAGACUUAAAACCACUAUAGCCGCUUGCUCUCUCUCUCUCUCCCCCUAAUUUCAGCCUCCCAGGUUCAUUUCCCCGCGGCUUUCAGGCAGGGAGAGGUUAAAAUGGCACAGAUUUUAGCUCCUUCUCCACAAUGGCAGAUGAGAGCUACAAAGAACUCCACAAAUGCAAGUCCCAUGACAUCAAAGAUGUGGGGUUCUCUGCUAUUGAAACAGAACAAGAAGGCUUCGGCUAAAACCUCUGUGAAAUUCAGGGUGCUUGCUCAACAAUCUGAGAACAACGCAAUUAACAGAAUGGAGUACCUGUUGGAUAUGGACAUUAGACCCUACACUGAUAAGAUCAUUGCUGAGUACAUUUGGAUUGGAGGUUCUGGCAUUGAUCUGCGCAGUAAAUCAAGGACAAUUUCAAAGCCUGUUAAACACCCAUCUGAGCUUCCGAAGUGGAACUACGAUGGAUCAAGCACUGGACAAGCACCAGGAGAUGAUAGUGAAGUAAUUCUAUAUCCUCAAGCUAUAUUUAAGGACCCCUUUCGCGGUGGCAAUAACAUCCUGGUAAUUUGCGAUACUUACACGCCAGCAGGCGAACCAAUUCCCACAAACAAGCGCUACAAGGCUGCUGAAAUUUUCAGUAACAAGAAGGUUGUAGAUGAAGUGCCUUGGUAUGGCAUAGAGCAAGAGUACACAUUACUCCAACCAAAUGUGAAUUGGCCCUUGGGGUGGCCUGUUGGAGGUUAUCCUGGUCCCCAGGGCCCUUAUUACUGCGGUGCUGGGGCUGAUAAGUCAUUUGGUCGCGACAUAUCAGACGCUCAUUAUAAGGCUUGUUUGUAUGCGGGAAUUAACAUUAGUGGCACCAAUGGAGAAGUCAUGCCUGGACAGUGGGAAUUUCAAGUAGGCCCUAGUGUGGGAAUUGAAGCUGGAGACCAUAUCUGGUGUGCUCGAUACAUCCUUGAGAGAAUUACUGAACAAGCUGGCGUUGUACUCUCACUUGAUCCAAAACCAAUAGAGGGAGACUGGAAUGGUGCAGGAUGCCACACCAAUUACAGUACAAAGAGUAUGAGGGAGGAUGGAGGGUUUGAAGUGAUCAAGAAGGCGAUUCUGAAUCUGUCACUUCGUCACAAAGAACACAUCAAUGCCUAUGGAGAAGGAAAUGAGAGAAGAUUGACUGGGAAACACGAAACUGCCAGCAUCAACACAUUCUCAUGGGGAGUUGCUAAUCGCGGCUGCUCAAUACGCGUGGGGCGUGAAACUGAGAAGCAAGGCAAAGGUUACUUGGAGGACAGGCGCCCGGCUUCAAACAUGGAUCCUUAUGUUGUGACGGGGUUGCUGGCUGAAACCAGCCUACUUUGGGAGCCAACACUUGAGGCUGAAGCUCUUGCUGCUCAGAAACUGGCAUUGAAUGUCUAGUGUCAGGUGGAAUUAACAGAGCCAACUGGGAAGAAAACCAGUUGGAAUUAUUGUCCCGUUAUGCACGGAAGAAGAUUAUUCUCUAGUUUUUAUGUCGUUUAGAGAAGAUCCCCUGUAAAUAAAGGUCCCAGCGUGAGCUCAAAUUCGAAGAAGUGGUUUCUUAGAUGCAAGAGGCUUCUGGGACCGGACUGUGUUCACUACUGUUUGUGUCAAUUGAAGGAUAUUGAACUUCCACUUUGGCAUUUUCUUAAUUGGUAUUCGAGAUUAAAUUGCCAGCCA